UAAAGGAAAUUUCUUGAAGAAAUUCCUUGAUAUUCAACCUGUUAAGUUAGUGAAUAAAAUUAUUGUCCAAAGCGAUCAGUAUUGUUUUGUCAUUAGAAGAGUAGAUAUCAUUUGGUCUCUUUCAUUUAUGAAAAAUUAUUUAUUUGAAUAAUAUUUUUCUUUUUUCACUUGGAUAAUUUAAUGAUAAAACAAAAUGUGGGAUAUUUUCUUUUACGCGAUCAUUGCAAUUAUUUAUCUCAUUGACAUAAAUUAUUUCUUGCGAGUAAUAUUUGUUUUCGUUUGGACUAAAUGCAUGCAAAAAAAGACAAAACCUACGAACGAAACUACGAUAUAUGGUAUAUGUAUUACUCAAGAUUUGGAUCUUGUAUUAUCACAUAUGAAUAAUGCAAGAUAUCUACGUGAAAUAGAUUUUGCUCGUUUUCAUUAUUUUGUUCAAACCGAAAUGUUUUAUUUGAUGGGAAAAAUGGGUGCUACUGUAGUCCUCGGUGCUUCAUCCACAAGAUAUCGACGGCCGAUUCCUUUCCUUAUGACGUACAAAAUCAUGACUAAGUUAAUUUAUUGGGACGAAAAAAGUUUAUAUUUCGAGCACAAGUUCAUCAAUCUUCGAAAUAAUUUCAUUCACACGGUCAUUUUCAGCAAGCAAACGACGAUCGGCUUGAAAAUAUCUUUGACCGAGUUCUUGAAAAAAUUUGAACCUGAAAUUUGUUUACCUGAAAUAAACGAAGAUCUCAGAUUAUGGUUAGAAUCGAUGGAAUAUAACUCUCAGAAACUCAAAAAGAAGGAUUAAAAAAAAAAAAAAAAAA